AUGGCUGAGGCUCCAACCAGUCCAUCGGCCCACGCAUCUGCGCUGCCAGAGCCAUUAGCAGUGGCGGAAGCGCAGAGGAUGGCCCCAUUUCAGCAGGUUCCGGUGCAUCCACGCAACUAUUCGGACAAUUAUGGGUUCCAGCUGGACUUGCAUCUCCAAAAACAAGAAACGUAUAUUCCCGUGAUGUGGACAACGUCCGUAGAAGAUUCAUUCCCGGUGAAGGAAAUACUGUUCGAGACUAUCAAGGUAAAAGUGCUCCGCAUCAAGGCCAAAGAUAGGGAUCACCCGGACACUGUCAUGAAGAUGGGAAAAUUCACAAACUCGGAAGAACACCGCCAGAGAAGGUUUCUGACUGAGAUGGCAGUGCACCGGUACGCCUCGCGGGGUUGUCCCUACAUCGCAGAGAUACAUAACACGCUGUAUCUCUUCCAGCGAAAUAGCUGCUAUGGGUUUCAGAUGGAGUAUCUCAGCGACGGUGCCCUUCAAAUCGCUACUCUUGAAAGGUAUUCGUAUUCGGAGCGGGUCGGAAUUUGCACGGAUGUGGCCAAGGGCCUCAAGCAUAUUCAUUCGCUGCACCUUGUUCAUGGCGACAUCAAGCUGGACAAUAUUGUAGUAAGCGUUCGGCCAGACUUAAAGUAUGUGGGCAAGAUCAUCGACUUCGGAGCCGCUAAAGUCAUGGGUCGACUAAUACCAUCUAACAUCCCCUUUGGGAACACUUGGCCGUAUACCUGCCCGGAGAUUGCGGGUCCCCAGACACCAACGGUAGCUCUUGAAGCAUCCGCCGACGGAUGGUCCUUUGGUCUUGUGGCUUUACAGACGUUGGCCCAAAACGAAGGUAUCCCUUGGGCUACGGCUAACAACACGGACGAGGAUUUCCGAUACUUUCGUGAUCAUGUGGACAACAGCUCUGAGAGAUCAUUUAGCAGGGACCCAGUUCAGCUACCGUUUACGAAAGUGGCAGCAUUCAAAGUCCUCCGUCCGUUCGUUAACCUCUUGGUCACAAAUCUCCUGCGACUGAAUCCACAGCACCGAUUCAAAAUGGAUCGUGUUAUCGAGGAGUUGGAACAUGAACUCACAAAAGCAAAUUAUUCUUACGCUACUGAGGUUUAG